CGUCCCCCGGCGGCUCUCCGCGGCUCUCCGCGGUUCCCGCCCCCGGCCUGUUCAAAAGGCCGCGCGGAGUGGCGCCGGGCCCUCCCCCGGCCGCCCGUCCGACUGGUAAGAUCUGCCUCUCCCUGUUGCCCAUCCAUUUGCUGCAAUGACUAGCCUGCUAACCACGCCUUCUCCAAGAGAAGCGCUGAUGACCACCCCGUUUCUACAGGCCACUGAAGCCCUGUCCCCAGAAGCCGAAGCAAGCACAGCCCUCAUUGCAGUUGUCAUCACCGUGGUCUUCCUCACCCUGCUCUCGGUCGUGGUCUUGAUCUUCUUUUACCUGUACAAGAACAAAGGCAGCUACGUCACCUACGAACCUGCAGAAGGCGAGCCCAGCGCCAUCCUGCAAAUGGAGAGUGAUUCAGCCAAGGGCAGGGACAAGGAGGAGUAUUUCAUCUAAUGAUUCCCGGGCCCCCAAGGAGCUUAUCCAGGCUCCAGAGCUAACACACUCUUUAAUUUAUUAGGUGAAAGUUUUAUCUGAAACCAGUGAGAAGCAUUGAUUGUUAUGGGCAAACCUGAGCUCCUUCUAGGACACAGGCCCAAAUGCCAACAUCACCGACACCAGGGACACAGAGAAAGCCGUUGAUGAUGUCUUUAGCCAGGCCUUUGUAUUAUAGCUAGUUUCGGUGGCUGCCCAGCAAGGUAGAGCGACACCAGGCCCCAUGAGUAUGUGCCUGGUCAUCUUCACUUUUUUCAAGGUCAAAGGGCAAGAGCACUAGGGUCUCUGGCUGCUCCUCUGUCCUCUACCUGGUCUACUAGUGACAGCUUGAACAAAGAUAGUGUCUGUAGAAGUUCUUCCCAGGUGCUAGAUACCAUGGUAACAGGCUGAGCAGGAAGGGACAGGAGACUGGGAGACCUCACCCCCGAUGAACGUGCUCCAUCUCUAAAUCUGAGCCCAGCCUUUCUGUCUUCCCGAACAACCUUGUACUGAUGCUAUUUUUAUCACAAUUAAAAAUGUUCAUUGAUA